AUGCUUAAACGUCAGGAUCUCUUUAAAUACAUACGCCGCACUAUGUACUGUGCUGACAUGCAUCCUAUGCACUUGGAACGACAGCUGCCGCAUUAUUAUAGGAACCUAGGAAUUUUGCUGGAAUUAAUAUAUGAAAUAUUUCUUUACUUUGUCACCACCCACAUUGCGAUUUUGUACAUUUGCACGAUGUAUUUGAAUUAUCAACAGGGUGAUUUGGAACUGUUGGUCAAUAGUUUAAUGCAAACAAUUAUUUAUUUAUGGACCAUCGUUAUGAAAUUGUAUUUUCGUCGCUGGCAACCAAAAAGACUGAAAGAUUUAAUGGAUUUUAUAAAUUUCAAGUACAAAACAAGAUCGGCCAUUGGUUUCACGUACGUGACUAUGGACGAUACUUUGGCCAUGUCGAAUAAAUGGAUUAAAUGGUAUCUCUACAGUUGUUAUUUGUGCGCCAUAUUUUGGCUUAUUCUGCCCAUAACAUACGGUGAUCGUAGUCUACCAUUAACCUGUUGGUAUCCAUUCGAUUAUAAGCAACCGGUAAUUUAUGAAAUCUUGUAUUUUCUUCAAUCUGUUGGUCAAAUACAAGUAGCAGCAGCUUUUUCUGCCUCCAGUGGUUUUCAUAUGGUCUUAAGCAUUCUAAUAUCUGGACAAUACGAUAUUUUAUUUUGUAGUUUGAAGAAUAUUUUAGCAACUGUGGCUAUAAAUCGAAAUGCAACAAAAAUGGAUUUGAGCAUGCUCUACGAGCUACAGGAAUUUGGAAUAGAUGAAAUAAAUGAAUACUAUUGCUCCAAGGAAAUAACCUGUGAUGUGAACACUCUAGUUAAAAACAAAAUAACAUAUGAAGAACGACAUGAUUUCCGCCACCACUUUCGAAAUGCAUUUAAAAACUGUACUGAUCAUCAUCAUUAUAUUGUAAAGUGUUUAAAGAAAAUGGAUGAUUUCUACAGUCCCAUAUGGUUUUUCAAAACCGGAGAGGUGAUAUUCUUAAUGUGUUUGGUUGCAUUUGUAUCGGUUAAAUCAACCACUGCCAAUUCAUCGUUUAUGAAGAUUUUAUCAUUGGGUCAAUAUUUGCUCUUGGUCGCCGUGGAAAUGCUGGUAAUUUGCUAUUUCGGUGAAAUCAUUUACAUGAAUAGUCAACGCUGUGGCGAUGCUCUUUUGAGAAGUCCUUGGUACAUUCAUAUGACUGAAAUGAAAUGUGAUUUCGUUAUAUUUCUGCUCAAUACGAAAAAACCAUUUCAGUUGUCGGCUGGCAAAAUGUAUGCCUUAAAUAUUGAACUAUUCAAAAGUAUUAUGACGACAGCAUUCUCAUUUUUGACUUUCUUGCAAAACAUGGAUGAAAGUAAUGAAUAA